GUGAUUGGCGGGCCGUUUGGUUGGAUUUGCUACUGCGUUCAUGUGGUAGUGAGCACUGUGAUGUUUGUGGUUUUCACGGCGUUGUUUCUUUGUAAUUUAAAAGGAUUUUAACUAGAUUUCCCAUUAAAAAAUGCUCUCGCUGGGUCCGAAAAAGGACGGAAGUCCGAAUCUCAAGUUUUUCGAGAGUCCUGAGAUCCUUACAUUGUUGGAUGGAGUUAAGCAGUGGCUCUUGAAAAAUUGCAAGAAGUAUGUUCAAACGGAUCCUCCUACAAAUAAAUCGUUGGCUACGUUGGUAGUCCAAAUAUUACAGUUCCAGGAAGAUAAUCUUGGUAAAAAUAUUUCCAAACCACAGAUGACCAGAAUUCCUAUGAAAUGCUUCCUUGAUUUUAAACCUGGCGGUGGAUUGUGCCACAUAUUAGGAACGGCUUAUAAAUUUAAGCAAGAAAAUGGCUGGCGGCGAUUUGAUUUUCCAGUUGGAAAGUCGGGCUCUCGAAUGAAUCUCUUGAUAGACAUGUUAACGGCAGCUGAACGUGCCUUGGUACAAAAUAGAUGUUUAAUAUUACCUAAUGUAUUUGUGAGGUCCGAUGUUGAUAAGGCGACAGCUUCAAAAGUCAAAGACAUUGUUCGACGACAUCAAGGUUCAAUUGUUGAGAACGAAGCAGACGCAACUCAUGUAAUUUAUCCUUCCGUCGAUCCUCUAGAAGAAGAAUAUGCCAGACCAUUUAUGAGACGCGAUCGUUCCGUUCUUCUUCAUUGGUAUUAUUUUCCUGAUAGCUACGAUACCUGGACAAAUCUCGAUCUUCCAUGGGACUUUCCCGAAGGAAAUUUCGGAACCAUAAAUCCCAGAACAAUAUACAAAGUGUCAGCAACAUGGGCGUUGGAUUUGGAUCAAUACAAUGAAUGGAUGAAUGAGGAAGAUUAUGAAGUCGAUGAUAAUGGACAGAAGAAAGUGCACAAAUAUAGACUCUCCGUGGAGGAUUUGAUGUCCCAACCCUCUCAUCCUCCAGCUGGUACGAAAAAGCCGAAACGUAAAAGAUCGCCGUCUCCUCCACCGAAAUUGGGAAAGCGUAAAAGUGGACGAGGACCCGCAGGAGUGCAAGGAGCAACAUCAGCAACGGCUGCGAUGAAAAAGACCCGAGGUGGCGUUGACGAGGAAGAAGAUUUGACCCAGGGUAUGGAAGAUCCACCCGCGGAGCCACGAAUUGUCGAAGUAGUUGCCUCGGCAACCAACUCAUCGAUCACCGGUUCAGGUUCAACCGGAGGUGGCAAUACCUCGACAAACAAGAAACAGGACAAUGAACUACAACCCCUGAAGUCGGGAAAUAUGGCCGAUUUGGACGAGCCUUCCGAAGGUGACAAGAACAGUGCGCACAGUGCCCAGGAUCGUGAAGAGAGAGGUUCAAGCAAAGAGCGUGGCGAGGGAAGUAAAAGCGACGAACCCGAGGAUAAUGUCACGGAACAAACUCACCACAUCGUCGUACCCAGCUAUUCAGCCUGGUUCGAUUACAAUUCCAUUCACACAAUUGAGAAACGUGCUCUUUAUGAAUUUUUCAAUGGGAAAAACAAAUCCAAAACACCUGAGAUUUAUCUUGCCUAUCGAAAUUUCAUGAUUGACACCUAUCGAUUGAAUCCCACCGAAUAUAUCACCUCAACAGCCUGUCGGCGUAAUUUAGCCGGUGAUGUUUGCGCAAUAAUGCGCGUACACGCCUUCCUCGAACAAUGGGGUCUGAUCAACUAUCAAGUUGACGCUGAAUCGAGACCAACGCCAAUGGGACCACCGCCAACUUCUCACUUCCACGUCCUCUCGGACACACCAUCAGGUUUGGCGCCAGUUAAUCCAAAUCCACCGAAAACACCCCAACCAUCGGCGGCGAAAGCCUUACUGGAUUUGGAGAAGAAACCAAGUACACCACUCGGCACUGGUGGUGAUGAGAAACCAACGCCAAAUUCAAUGACUAAUUUCGGUCUGAAGAUCGAUCAAUAUUCGAGGAAACCGUCGGUGUUGAAAAAUAAACAGGCGUCGAGUGCGACGCGCGACUGGACAGAGCAGGAGACACUUUUGCUUCUGGAGGGAUUGGAACUUCAUAAGGAUGAUUGGAAUAAAGUGUGCGAACACGUUGGUUCAAGAACACAGGAUGAAUGUAUUCUCCACUUUCUUCGGCUUCCUAUUGAAGAUCCAUAUUUGGAGGAGGGUGGUCCUGAAGGUUUGGGACCAUUGGGCUAUCAACCGAUACCAUUCUCGAAGGCUGGCAAUCCUGUUAUGAGUACUGUCGCUUUCUUGGCUUCCGUUGUUGAUCCACGUGUCGCAGCUAGUGCCGCAAAAGCCGCCAUGGAGGAGUUUGCUGCCAUCAAGGAUCAAGUACCAGCUGCUCUAUUGGAUCAACAUUUGAGAAAUGUUCAAGCAAGCGCCAAUUCCGAUGGUAAAUUUGAUCCGGCCGCUGGACUGGCACAAUCCGGAAUCGCUGGCACUGGACCACCGGAACCACCAGAGGAUUCUUCCGCUACUUCGACGGGACCAACAAAUGCGACACCAUCGACAUCACCUCAUCCAACGCCAGAAGGAAAGAAGGAAGAGGCUACGGAAAAGUCAAAGGAAAUUGUUGAGAGUGAACAGCCAGCAUCAACACCUCCAAAGAAGGAAGAAAUCACCGAGAAUGAGAGGGAUCAAUCUGAAAAAAUGGACGUGGACACGAAAGAAAGUGAGGAUGAACAAAAGGCCAAAAUCGAUGGCGAAGAAAGUGACGGAAAAGAGAAGAAGGACAAACAGGUUGUCAAAGAUGCACAACUACAAUCUGCUGCAGCUGCAGCAUUGGCAGCCGCUGCUGUCAAAGCAAAACAUUUGGCCGCCGUUGAGGAAAGAAAAAUAAAAUCUCUCGUCGCUCUACUUGUUGAGACGCAAAUGAAAAAAUUGGAAAUUAAAUUACGUCACUUUGAGGAACUUGAAACGACAAUGGAGCGUGAACGUGAGGGUCUUGAAUAUCAAAGACAACAGCUUAUCACCGAAAGACAACAAUUUCAUUUGGAACAAUUGAAAGCCGCUGAAUUUCGUGCCCGACAACAAGCACACCAAAGGUUAGCUCAAGAACAGCAGCAACAGCAACAACAAAAUCAACAUCUCAUUCAGCAACAACAGCAACAACAACCACCAAGUCCACAGGCAACAUCUCAACAACCACCACCUCACACGCCACCACAACAAGCGUAAUGUAUCCCAUUAAACAAAAAUCAAGGUGACUACGAAUCUUGAGGUACAUUAAUUAUUAAUUUAUAUUAUUAGAUUGAUGAAAUAUGGGAGCGAAUUAUUCAUAACUAGAAAGUAUUUGAUUAUUAGAAAGUAUUUUGAUUCUAAUACAUAUAUGAAAGCAAGAAAAAAAAUCCACAAUCGCAAAGAGAGACACGAGUCAUUUUAUAAAGGAUCAUUUGUCUCCGAUUAGUGAUUUUUUUUACUACUAUUAUUUUUUAAUUAAUUCCACAUUUGACCAAUAAUUAAUUGGUAUACUUUGAUUUAAUUUUUGGAUGACAAACAAUAGACAAAUGACUGGGAUGGGGGGGAAUAGAGGCAAAAAACAGAUUUCUAUAUAAUUUAGAAUUAAGAGAUUUUGACGAUUGUCAUUUAUAUCAAAUUUUCUACCUUGAAGAGAAUGGAAAUCAUUGAACAAAAAAAAAAAAUUAAAUAAAAUAAGCAGUUUGUUUUAUUUGUAUAAUAAAUUUUUUAAGAAUAGGAUUAUCCUUUUUGAUGAGAAAAUGAACUGCGUGCAAUUGUACUUGAAUUGAUUGUCGAGUGAGAGUAGAAGAAAAAGCACUUCAGAUAAUAACAUUAGAUAAUUUUUUUCCAUUUUUUUUUAAUUUACAGUGCAUCUCUAAUAUAAAAAGCAUAUAUAUAUAUAUAAAUCUCGAAGAAACGAAAAUUUCGUCUUCAGGGUUACUUUUUUACUGUCUCGAUUUUUCGUAAUGUAUUCUGAAAUUUCUAUUUACAGCAUAAUUCGUCGUAUUGUAAUUGACUUACGAUCAUGUAAAAUAUACAGUAUAUUGUGUAUAAGUUA